AACUACGAACUAAACAAUACUCUUAACUAAGCUAUAAAAUAUUAUUUAAUAUUUACAUAUAGAUUUUCGGUAUUUAGCAAGAACUUGCUAUUUGUGAUAGCAUAAGCCUGAUGGGAAAUGAUUUAUGAACUGUGGAUAAAUAUUAAUAAUCUAGUGAAAAAUAUAUAACGUUAGACUACUCACUAGCUAAUGAAUGAUGGUUAGAAUUUUAUUUAACCUCCGCUGUAUGCGCCGAAUUUAUGACAAAAAUGUAUCCAAAAGCUUACUAAAACGAUUGUAUAGUGCUAAAUUUGUUGGACCAGAUGUAGAGAAAAUAAGAAACUUUAGUAUCGUAGCACAUGUUGACCACGGUAAAAGUACGCUGGCUGAUCGAUUGUUAGAAUUAACUGGAGCUAUUAAGCCGGGAAGUGAAACUAGCCAGGUUUUAGAUAACUUGCCGGUAGAGAGAGAAAGAGGAAUAACUGUAAAAGCAGUUACAGCAUCACUCAGCUAUGUGUACAAUGAUGAAACCUAUUUACUCAAUCUUAUUGACACUCCAGGCCAUGUUGACUUUUCAAAUGAAGUGGUCCGCAGUGUCACGGCAUGUCAGGGAGUGGUCCUUCUUGUUGAUGCCAAUGAGGGUGUGCAAGCACAAACAGUUGCAGUUCAUUCUCUUGCCAAGAAAAAUAACCUCAUCAUAAUACCAACCUUAAACAAAGUUGAUCUACCCAGAGCUGAUCCUGAAAAGGUUAAAGGACAACUACAGUCUCUAUUUGGCAUUGAUCCCAACAAUGUUCUUCAAAUAUCAGCUAAAAAAGGUUGGGGAGUACAAAAUUUGCUUGAGGAAAUAAUUAAAAGAAUACCUCCACCUAUUGUUAAGCUUGAUGAACCAUUCAGGGCUCAUAUUAUAGACACAUGGCAUGAUAAAUAUAGAGGUGUGAUGUGCCUUGCCUACAUUCACUCUGGUGGUUUGAAAAUUGGUGAUUCUGUUAAAUGGAGAUCUGAUUCAAAGCAGCACUUGGUUAAGUAUUUAUCUCUGCUGAAGCCACAGGAAGAAAACAUUGAGAAGGCAAUUGCUGGUCAAGUUGUCAUGGUAGGCUUAGGGCCGAAAGGUGGAGGGAAAGUUGGUGAUCAGCUCCUGGAUUCUAAAAUAGAAGAAAGCAACACAGCGGCGACAGAGUCUGGCAUACGCCACAUGGUUUACGCUGGCAUAUUCCCAUCUGACCAGUCGCAGCACACGCAACUCAGUGAUUCCAUCAGGAAACUGGCGCUAAAUGACUCCGCUGUCAGUGUCUCAGUGGAUUCAAGUCCAGCUCUAGGUCAAGGAUGGCGUGUGGGCUUUCUGGGUCUUCUACACCUGGAUGUAUUUACACAGAGGCUAUUACAAGAAUACAAGGCAGAGGCCAUACUAACUGCCCCCUCAGUCCCAUAUAAAGUUAAGCUAAGAGGAUCCAAACUAAUAAGGCAACACAGGAGUGACGAAAUCAUAAUAACCAACCCCCUGCAACUUCCAGAACCGCAAAAUAUUGUUGAAUACUAUGAACCACUUGUUAUAGGCACGAUUAUAACUCCAGUGGAGUAUAUAGGCGCGGUUACUACCCUAUGUGUGGAUCGUAGAGGAACCCCGCUGCCUUCCAGUUCGAUAGACGAACACAUGACAUUGAUGCAGUUUGUGCUGCCACUGUCAGAAGUUGUCAUCGACUUCCACGACACACUCAAAAGCCUGACAUCCGGUUUCGCCAGUUUUGACUACCACGAACAUGGAUUCCAUCCUAGUUCGUUAGUAAGGAUGGACAUUCUUAUCAAUGGUGUGCUUGUCGAUGAACUAUCGACAAUAGUACACACGUCGCGGUUGGAGUUCCAAGCGAGGAGAUUGACAACCAAGCUCAAAGAAAUGAUUCCUAGGCAGAUGGUGCAGGUUGCCAUUCAAGCUGUUGUUGGAGGAAAAGUUUUGUCCCGAGAAACGCUCAAGGCCUACAGAAAAGAUGUAACGGCUAAAUUGUAUGGUGGUGAUAUUACCAGAAGGAAGAAGCUGCUGAAACAACAGGCGGAGGGAAAGAAGAAAAUGCGUAGUGUGGCCAAUAUCAAAAUACCGAGAGAUACAUUCAUAGAUGUCUUGAAGAGAUAGUGAUGUUCAUUGUAACUGUUAGAUUAUUAAACAGCUAUUGUUCUUGA